AUGAUUGAAGAGAUGACAAGGGCUGCUGAAGAGCAAUUGAAACCAUUUCCAAAACCGCCCGCACUGGUUCAACUUACCGAAAAUCAAAGCCUCCGACUGAAGUUUUCUCAACUUGCAGCAAAUCUAACAAAGGGUGAUCUGAGCCAAUCGCAAAUUGCCAAAGCGCUCGAAGACGUCCUCAAUCAAAUAAAUUCCACAAAUUCCAAUUCGAGCCCAGCUACAUCCGCGCCAUUGCAAGUCGCGUUGAAUUCUGGGACCACGGUGGUGACAACGAUGAAGCCUACGAUAGCGCCUCCUGCCGUGAGUAUUCCGGGCGCCCCUGUGGGUCAAUGCCAACCAAAUUGUGUUGGGAUGUCGACAUGCGUAUCAAAACAAUGCGUAUGCCUAUCUUCUGUGGCUACCUACAUUCCAGUAGUUGGUUGUGUUGUUCUCGGAAAGCCGCCGCUACAUUCUGCUGUUCCUCUCUUCUCAUCUGGCGCUCAAGUCACACCGACUGGCCCAAUAGCCGCAGUCGCUCCGGUCGCAGCUGUAGCUCCCAUGCCCAGUCCGGUACUUUCCGUUGCGACAGCCCUCCCCCAAAUGCUUGCGCUGCCCUCGGAAGCCCAGAUGAAUGGACAGCGUACUAAUAUUAUGCUCCUCCCAAACCCUGGUCUACCCAACUAUCAAAUGGCGCGAUUUAUGGCUCCUCUUCCUCCACCAACGGUUCCAAUUCCGACCGUCGUCAUGCCACAGGCAUAUCCCCGUCAACCAUGCCAUCUAGCAGGUACCGAAUGCACUGGCGGCUCUCAAUGCAGUGAAGGUGUCUGUAUGUGCCCUCCACAUUUGGUGUUGGAAGGGCAAGUAUGCGUCAUCCCUGUUGCUCCAGGUGGCCUCGCCCCAGCUACACAUUUCUACAGUCCUUACGCGAAUUUCUUUGAACUGCUGAAU